UUUUUUUUUUUUUGAACACAAAUGUCAAAAUUCGAUCUUUCAAAAAUUAUUCGCCCUAACAUCUUAGCAUUAAAGCCCUAUCGUUGUGCUCGUGAUGAUUACAGUGAAGGUAUUUUAUUAGAUGCUAAUGAAAAUGCCUAUGGUCCUUCCUUAGCCUCUAAUCCUCAGGGCGAUCUCAACAGAUACCCAGAUCCUUAUCAAAUUCAAGUCAAAGAACUUCUUACUAAAUUGCGUGGACUUAAUUCCGUUAAAAAUCUUUUUUUGGGUGUUGGUUCAGAUGAAGUGAUUGAUUUAGUCAUUCGUGUUGCAUGUGUACCUACCAAGGAUAAGAUUUUGAUUACACCACCUACAUAUGGCAUGUAUUCCGUAUGUGCUCAAAUUAAUGAUGUUGAAGUUGUCAAGUCACCUUUGAAUGUUAAAGAUGGCGCUUAUCAAUUAGAUUUAGAUAAUUUGUUUAGUGCUUUGAAAGCAAAUCCUGAAAUAAAGAUUAUCUUUUUAUGUUCACCAGGUAACCCUACUGGUACUUGUCUCAGUCAUGACAGUAUCCGUGCCGUUCUUGAAUCAGAUUUCCAAGGUUUAGUCGUUGUUGAUGAAGCCUAUGUUGAUUUCGUAGAAAAGGAAGAAGGCUCUGUAGCUGCUUGGGUUGAUAAAUACCCUAACUUGGUUGUGAUGCAAACACUCAGUAAGAGUUUUGGCUUGGCUGGUAUCCGUUUGGGUAUUGCUGUUGGACACCCCGACUUGAUUCAAAUUUUCAAUAAUACCAAGGCACCCUAUAAUAUUAGUACACCUACUGCUCUUAUUGCCAAGGAGGCAUUAUCAGACGAAGGAUUGACAAAGAUGUAUGAUCAUCGUAAACGACUUAUUGCUCAACGAGGACUUUUAAUCGAAAAGGUGCAAACACUUAAAGGGGUAGGACGUGUCUUGGGUGGUAAUGAUGCCAACUUUAUUCUUAUGGAAAUUUUAAACAAUAACGGCAAAGCAGAUAAUGAACGUGCACUUAAGAUUUACUCAUUAAUGGCCGAAAAACUAGGUGUCGUUGUUCGUUUUAGAGGCACAGAAUAUGGAUGUGAAGGAUGUUUGAGAGUUACGAUUGGCACUGAAGAGGAGAAUAAAACAUUAUAUAAUAUGCUAGAAAAAGCAUUAGAAUCCAUUCAAUAGUAAUGUAGAACAAAUAAUAAAAUGUCAUAUUAUAUAAGCACAUGUACAAUAUAUGAUUUAUGUUACAAGUAAUUUAUACUUUUUUUGGGCAUUGAGACUUAUUUAAUCUUUAAAUUUCCUUUUAUAAACAAUUUUUUCAAGCUUAUUGUGUUUUAGUAGCGAUUCAGUAUAAUAAAGGUUCUUUUUUUUACUUCAAG